UUGCCUUUUUGUUCCCCUGGCCUCAUUCCUCUGCUGCAAAACCUUCUGCUUAAAAUACUGGUUCAUUUCUAGUUACAGGGACCCAACUGCCAUCUGUCAUUUCAAGAAAUUUGUGAAAUGGAUCCAGAUAAACAAGAUGCUCUUAAUAGUAUUGAGAAUUCCAUUUACAGAACAGCCUUCAAAUUACGAUCAGUGCAAACUCUGUGCCAGUUGGACUUGAUUGACAGCUCCCUGAUUCAGCAGGUCCUACUGCGUCCAAGUUUCUGGGAAGCUCGCAAGCGCUCCCUUUCUGUGCAGCAGCUUUCUCAGGCACUCCAAGAGCUGUUUCAGAAGGCCAGGGAGGAAAACCCAGGGCAGGUGCAUCCCAGAGCUCCCGAACUCACUCUGAGCCUUCUCACGACAAUGUGCAACAGCACAGGAACAGGUUUCAUCCAGCUUAUGCCUGCAGCCGCUGCCCUAAUAACCCUCUCAGGAGACAGCCCUCUUACGAAAUACCGAGCUCUUUUUCAGCUCUACGCAGAAAAUAGCAGGGGAGGUUAUGAUUCUGGGCCACGCAUGACGCAAAGGGUUUUGAGAAAACUACUAACAGAUCUACAGCAGAUCCCAACUGUCGUGGGAGAGAGUCGUGCUCUGUGCCCUGUGGAAAGUGCCACCCGCAGCUGUUUCCAAGGGGUGUUGAGCCCAGCAAUCAAAGAAGAGAAAUUCCUGUCUUGGGUCCAAUCUGAGCCUCCCAUCCUCCUGUGGCUCCCGACCUGCCACCGGUUAUCAGCUGCUGAAAGAGUCACUCACCCUGCUCGGUGUACCAUCUGCAGGACUUUCCCAAUCACGGGACUCAGAUACCGCUGUCUGAAGUGUCUCAACUUCGACAUCUGCCAGAUUUGUUUCUUAUCUGGUCUUCACAGCAAGUCCCAUCAGAAGUCUCAUCCUGUCGUUGAGCACUGUGUUCAGAUGUCAGCGAUGCAGAAUACAAAACUUCUCUUCAGGACCCUCAGAAACAACCUUCUUCAGGGGCGCUGUAGGAAGAAAGAAGCGGCGAGAAGGCAGCAGCUACUGGACCAGGUGAAUCCAAAGGGUGUACCUCACCGUGCACAGGCCAGGCUCCUUAAAAAACAGUUAAACCAAUACAAAGACAAGUUGCAAGCUAUAUACACCUCCCAGGAAGAAAGAAGUUACCGAUUUGAAACAAAGAUUUACAAACUCAAAACCAACCAGGAUAGUCUAUGGAGCAAGCUCCAGCAGAUAAGACGGGACCUACAGGUAAAGUUGCAGCCACCCCAUCCUUCAUCUUCUUCCUUUCAAAGUGUGGGGACCAAGUUUGGCCAUUCUUCAACUGAAAAGGUUCCAAAGGGAGGGGCUUAUUUGCAGAUCAAGAAUGCCACUGAAGAUGCUUCAAGACGGGAACCUCUUCCUAACCCUGAUGAGGUUGACAGAAGUCACAGAAGUCACACAAAUGCAGAGCAUGCUCUGCGAAAUCCAGAACCACCAGAGACCACUUUGCACAGCACCAGGGCACAAAGCCAAAUGCAAAAGAUGCCAAGGAAAGUCAUUAGCACCCUACCCAGUUGUCAGGAGGGACUGAAGCAGGAUAACUCCACAAUGAUUCCUGCUGAAAGGAGCAGUCCUGCUCUGGCAGCCAUGGAAAAGAAAGAGGCAGGUAACAUCAAGGAGAGAAAGGAUGAGCUGGAGGAAGAGGAACUGCAAGAACUAUUGUCAAAACUUAUGGAUGCCUUCAAUCUAGAAAUGCCAUCAGGCCCAGAGUCUUCAGUAAACAUGGAUCUGUACAGUGGAGCUCAGCAAGUGUGCAGGGCCUUCUCUGCCCUUGUUGAUCAAAUCACCUUGCCCAAUUUGAAGUGAAAUGGAGUCCAGGCUCAAAGGCUUCUUGGUGUGAUGACAAAAUGCAGUUGCACAACUGUAUUAAAAGAAUUAAGACUUCUACCUUUCUUUUAAUAGUUUGGUGUGAACUAUGAAGAAAGCAAGUUUUGUUUUUUGAUCUCCCUCCCUACUUAUGUGUCUUAGUUCUGCAGUUCAGAGUAAAGGCUGGGGGUUAGGGAGGCAAGUAGAGGAUGAAGAAGGAAGGAGCAAAUGGCAGAGUCAGAUCUCUGCAUGAAGGGCCAUUCUUACUGUGAAUACCUCCGGAGUAACAUUCAAGUGUGUGACCUACAUGGAUGCAUGCAACAGUCUUCUUCAAGUGUCAUGUAAAUUACUGAAUCUAUGGCCUAAUUUUCUAUCUUGAUGUUUCUGCUGGAGAAUAGGCUUAGCAAAUAAAUACAUACACACACACACGCACACACACACACACAAACACACAGCUGAGUGCAUGUAAAACUGGUAACAUCUAGACCUAAAACCAUAAAAACCCUAGAAGAAAACCUAGGCAAUACUA